UACCUCCCCUGCCUAAGUAACAUCGCCGUCUUAACCCGCAUUCAUAAAUCCAUGUCGUGUUUAUACUAUUAAUUUUGGUACUUAUAUUAUUAUCAUAGGCUAACAGCAAAGCAAACCAAAACAGUGUUUUCUGGAACCUAGUACAAGACUUGGCUUCUUCCUGACCAAAAACAAACUCGUCUCUGUUCAUUCCUUCAUUAUAUUGGCUAAAUCCUCGUUUCUUCACUCGGAUUAAACUCAGGGUUAACAGGUGAUUGCCAUGCUUUCCCCCAUUACUGGAAAUCUUCUUUCUAGUGUGGUGAAUCGGGGUGGUUGAUAUUUGUUUAUUGGAUCCUUUUCUCUUGAGCUGAGGUGCUGGUCGAAAGGCUCCGACUUUUUAUGCAAAUCAAGCUAAUCGAGAUCAUAAGAAUUCCUCUCAUCAAUCUGGUUUGGGGUUCAUCUCCUCGCUGCUUUGAGGAUUUCUUGUGAGUUACGAAUCCGAAUAGUUGGAGCCUUAUAUAGGCACGGAAUCAUCCACGUUGAGACAGAAAAAUGGUGAUCAGUCAUACCUGUCGCUAGGCACCGUAGUUGAUUGGAGGAAGCAGAUGGAGAAAGCCUUCGUUACCAGUCGGAAAGACAACAAGGGGAAUGAGGAUUCGUCACAAAACAGGGAUAUCUCGGGAGAUAAUGGAAUGGAAUAUUCUGAAUUGAAGUUGAAGAAGCUGGUGAGAAAGGUAAAUCCAUGGCAUGCUUUGAUGUUGAGUGUUAAACGCUUACAAGGUGGAAAGAGUCUUAUAAAGGAUUCGUUCCGACGGAGUAUUUCUGGCAUAAGUAGUAAGAUUCCGAGGCAUAUCGUCACUCUAGAUGAGAAAUAUCUUCGUCGUUGCCUGGAUUUGAUUCAGAUCAAUGCAGCAAAAGCAGCUCAAUGCAACAUCUCUGUGAACUUGAGCUCUCUAAACACUGGUAUUUUAGCCGAUGGACUGAAUCCAACUAAAAUUCCAGAUGGAGAUGCAUGCGAUUUUGGCAGGUUUGUUUUCGACUGUCCACUCGAUGCUGAUACAGGAAGUGUCAUCAUUGGUCCUGUGGAUCCAUGGGUCGUAGGUUCUAUAAUGGGCAGCAGGAGUAUGGCAAAUAUAUUGAAGAGCCCGUUGUUAAAGAAGUUUGGUGCAUUGGAUGUUGAUCCGAGUUCGAAUGAGGUCGGAAGUGAAGCACUGGUAUCAAAUACUUGUAAAUAUGGAUCUGAAACUGUGCAGAAAAAGCUUGUUUCGGUGUCAAGCUCGAACUCGACAUGCUCCGAUCAGUCCUUUUCGUCGAAUUCUUCAACGAUUUCGCAGGGAAUGCUUCAAUGCUCUUGGAAGGGUGGGAUUCCGUAUUUUGUUUUAUCCUUGGAUAAUCAGGGAGAGGUAUAUUUAGCUAAUUUGUUGAAGGAGGGGUCAGCUCGGAAAAAAGGUCUGGGCUAUACGUAUUUGUUCCGUUCCAGCAAGGGCAGCCGUAUGGAACAUGGGACUAGUGAUAACGAGCUACAUCUUGUUGGUAAGAUGAAGGUAUCUACUUCUUUCUCCAUCGGCUCCCGAGAUUCUAACAUCAUGGAGACGGAGUUUGUUUUGUUCGGUGGUGAUGGAACUUUUAGUCCGGAUCUGCAAACUUCGAGCCAUAACCACAGGAAGAAUAAGGGUCUAACGAGAAAGGUAUCACAAGUAUUCAAGAGUGGUCCUUUGUCCAAGCAGAGAACAAUGUCUAGAUUUCGUCGAUCAAUUUCCUUGAUCGAAGGCUCUUCUUCAGAUCCAUGCCGAGAUAUGAUCAACAUUUCUGAUGCAGUAGAUGACACUGAUCUUUUAGAGGAACAACAUCCAUCCAAUUCUGAAUUGCUUGCUAUCGUCUCGAAGGAUCAUUUGCCUGAAAAUCCUCAUUUGGAACUCGGAGGUUGGGGCUUAAACUUUCUCAGGAAAACAGGGAUUAAGCUAAAGGUUGACCCUUCGGAAACCCCUGUUCGUUCUGCUUGUUCUCGCGAUACUGGUGAUUGCUCAACAAGUAUGGACAUUAUAGUUCCAGCAGGUAUUCAUGGUGGUCCAAGAAUCCGAAACUUCGGCCCCUCGAGCCUUAUCGAAAGAUGGAGUUCUGGUGGACAUUGCGACUGUGGUGGCUGGGACUUGGGAUGUCCGCUGACGGUACUUAAAGCCAGAUCAAAUAAAGGAGUAUCGUCUCAAAGUGAAACAUCCGUGGCCUGCAAGUCAUUCGAUUUUUUCAUUCAGGGUUCCGAGCACACAUUGAGCAUAUCAAAUGUUCAUGAUGGCCUGUAUUUCAUUCAUUUUCAACCCACACUCUCAGCUCUACAGUCCUUCUCCAUCGCAGUGGCAUACAUCCAUUCGAAAAAUGUACAGCAGUUGAGGUUGAUCGAUCUAGAAUCAGAGUUCAUGUAGUUGUAACCGACCCCUUACUGUAUCGCAGCCUGUGCAGGUUGAAAUUUAGGUGUUCUAUACUACAACUCGAGAUUGAUAUUUUGUCGUGUUUUGUUGCACCUAGUUUGACUGUUGUUUAAGAUUGUUAUGUUAUCUAGGCUUUGAUUUAUCCUCCAUUCCUCAUAAACAAAAAUAUAAUGUAUUUUGCACAUUUUGAUCGAAUGUAUAAAUUUUAGAGGGAGUGAUUGUA